AUGAGCCAAACUGCCAUCAUAGAGAGAGCGGCGGGAUCGAUGAUGAAGCCCAUUCGAGUUGCUGUCAUCGGCGCAGGUGCUUCUGGUUUGGUCACAGCUAAGUACCUUCGUCAGGCUAGACAGUACUUCGGCAUACUUGAUAUCGAGGUCCGGAUCUUUGAGAGGGAAGACGGAGUGGGUGGUGUUUACAAGUAUAAGGUCUACGAAGAAGCCGAGAUGGUGUCGUCCAAGUAUCUCACGGCGUUCUCGGACUUUCGUGUGCCAAAAGACCUACCUGACUUUCUGCCGGUAGAGGAUUACGUUCGCUACCUCGAGGGCUUCUGUACCCAAUUUGAUCUUUGGGGCAUUAUAGAGACGAAUACGGAGAUUGUUCGAGUUUCUCAUACAGCCAAUGGCCACCGCGUCUUUUUUCGCCGCUCUCCAGGUUUGGAAGUUGCAGAGAGCCAAGAUGGAGAGGAGUCAUGGGACUGUGAUGCCAUCGCCGUGUGCUCCGGUCUCAACAACGUUCCGUCCAUCUCAUACAUCGAAGGUCUGGAGAACGUGAAGCAUCUCCACUCUUCCGAAGUGAAGGAAAGAACGCAAUUUGGGUUGAAUACGUCUGUGAUGAUCCUAGGAGUCGGAGAAACGGCAAUGGACCUAGCCCACCUGGCCGUUGUUCCUUUACCAGUCGUCAUGCAGGUUUGGAAGCCGGAUCCUCACCAGAAGCCAGUCGACACAGCAAUCGCAAGUUUCCUCGACACUGCAUAUCUUCCAGAGCGUCUUCAACACUCCAAUCUGCUCUGGAGCGUGUACGACAAGACGUUCAAGGCUCUUCAUUACCUCUCUGGCGGGACGGCGGCUGGCCCGGAUCAGUGGGUCGGAGAGAUUGAGGGUGAACGCAAUAACGUUGACUCACUGUUUCUGGUCAAGUCCGACCGCGCGCUGCCAUAUCUCAAUGAGGGAAAUCGGCCGCAAGACAUUUUCUCUCGCAUCAGAGCUUUUGUGAUGAAUAUUGAGUUGAAAAACACAAGUGGCAGAAAGAUAUUGACGGCACCGUGGCCAUUGGCUUUCCGGGACGAUGGGACUGUCGUGUUUCCGGACAGCAAGAAGCGUGAGCACGUUGAGGCGCUAUCUCGAGUCAUCAAGCCCGACUUGGUGGUCGCCGCAACUGGAUAUGUGCGUCGGUUCGAUUUCCUGGACGACAGUUACCCGGAACCCAGUGAGCUGGAUGUCCGCGGGAUCUGGAGGCGCGGAGAGGUGACUGCUGGUUUCAUUGGCUUCGUACGGCCUGGCAUUGGAGCUAUCCCGCCUCUCGCCGAACUACAAGCGCAACUAUGGGUUCUUAACCUCCUCCGGCACAAGUACCCUCAACAGAUGGCGCUGCAUGCUCCUGAUGCCAGCCAAGGAGAGUCCAAUGAUGAUGCUAUUCCCCACUAUGAGAUCGACUACGCUCUCAAGGCUCGAGGCGGACAUGACUUGUUCAAGAGCAAGCACGGUGUUGAACAGGAAUCCUACGCAUAUCAGCUUGCUCUCGACAUGGGCAGCGCGCCGACCUUUUCUUUUAUGAAGCGUCAAGGAUUCAAAGCACUUUUCACAUGGGCAAUGGGAUCAAACUUUAACACCAAAUUUCGUCUUAUUGGUCCAUGGAGAUGGACAAAGGGCGCGCUGCCCAUCAUGCGCGGCGAACUGUUUGAUGUUGUCAAGCAAACAGGGGGUGGUGUUUUCUUUACGACUUACACCCUUCUACCCCUCUUGCUAUUCGGUUCCCUAACUCUCCUUCUCCAUGCCACAGCAGGUAUCUUAAGGCUAGUCGGGAUGAAACAACGGGCCAACAAAAUGCUUGGUACAGGCAACAUUCCACGCCGAGAGGGGGAUAACCUCUGA